CAUAAGGCCCAACGAACAGAAGAUACUCAAUUCUAAUUCCGAAACUCCCCCCUCCCCGCCGCCGUCUAUCGAUGCGCAACGCCCUUCGGAGGCUGCGCCUCCGCGCUGCAGCGCGCGCGGUUUACCGGUUGUUGUCGUUGUUGUUGAGGACGCACGCGCACGCCGUUGAGCAGCGGCCAUCAGUCGGCGAGAUUUGCCAGCUGUCGUUGUGGAGGAGCGGCUAUGGCGAUGGCUGCAACAACGACGACGCGGCUGUCGUUCUCGGGGACUAGCGAUGGCGCGUCCCGGUCGGUAUGGGCGACGGAGGGUCGGGAUGCUCCGUUGGGAGGGGGGCUUAGCAGACCGGUCGCGAUCGGGCUAGGCGUCCGGGGGGACCUGCGUUGUCGUCACGGGCGCGGACUCGCUGGCGUCGUCGUGCGACGUCGUGAAGGUGAUGAUGAGGUGGUGGUCCCCCACCACGCCGCUGCCGGUGCUCGACUGUCGGUCGGAGGACGAGGAGAAGGAAGGCGGCGACCGGCCGCCGCCGCGAUCGCGGCGCUGUCUUGGGUCGCAACCGCGGCGGCUGACGAACUUUCCUUGAACUAUCUCCAACUUCGCCGAUCGGACAUAGCCGCCGCACAUAUCCGACGGAGAUGCCGCCGCCACGUGGCGUCGUCGUCGUCGUCGUCAUCGUCAAAUUCGACGGUGGUGAUGGGCUCCUCCUCCCCCUCCUCUAGCGGAGUAGAUAACCAGUCGGGACCGCGAUCACUUGAGACCGUACCCGAUACGGACUUCACUAUUACCAAGGUCUCCUUCGGUACGAUCGGUUUAGUCGUUGGUGUGUCCUUUCUGAGCUUCGGCUUUGGCGCCUACUUCACCCUUCUCCCAGGAUCUGAGUGGUCAGCCCUCUUGCUUACCUACGGCUUUCCGUUGACCUUGAUUGGAUUUGCACUUAAGUACGCGGAGCUGAAGCCUGUGCCGUGUAUAUCAUAUGCCGAUGCUUACGCGCUAAGGCAAACCCAAGCCACACCCACUUUAACCCAGGUCAGGGAGGACGUCACCAGGUACAGAUACGGAGACGAGAAGCACCUCGACGAAGCCUUGAAGAGAAUAUUUCGAUAUGGACAGGCUGGCGGCAUUCAGCGGCGCUUUGCGCCUACUUUAACUGCUGUUAGAGAAGAAGUUCUGGAUGGUAAAUAUUACACUCUGGUCUUGAUCUUCGAUGCACCAUCGCUGAACCUGGACGACUUUGAGUCGCGGAAACAGAAAUUCUCGUCAUUUUUCGGACCGGGAGUGACGGCACAGAUGCUUCAAGCAGGCGAUACCGUGUAUGAAGUGAAGCUCGUCGCAGACGGCGAUGGCGGAAAACCUGCUGGUUAACUUAAGGGAGAAGGAAGGGAAACAAAAAAAAAAAAAAAAAAAAGGAAACGGUUAUUAUCAAGUACUAUGUCUGAAGAGAGAGAGCAGAGGGGGGGAGAAGAGAGAGCCCAGGUGGAGAUGGAGAUGGGAGGGACAGAUACAGUAAUAACCUGCAAUCUCUACUACCUCUGGGCAGAUUUUCCCUGCAAUGCAACAGUACCCUCAUU